GGGCACACUAAAUCUUGCGAGUUGUGUGCGUGUGUAUUCAUUUGGCAUCGGAGCGAAGAAAAUAAACAAUUGCCAACGAACAACUGGGUAUCCAAGUGAUCUGAUCCCGAUUCCGAGACCAAGACUGCGACCAUGUCCGCCUACUACAGCCUGUACACGGGCGACAACUACGACGACGAGUCGAUUGGAGACGAGCGCAGCGAGGAAGACACGGACGACGCCAGCGAGACCGAGUUCCGCAGUCCCAGCCGCUAUGGCGGCACCAACGGCACCUCCAACAGCAACAGCAAUAGCCUGGGCACCAACAGCGAACUGAAGGAGCAGAUGUACCAGCACAAGCUGCUCAACCUGCAGAAACAGAUGGAGGAACUGGGCCAACUGGUGCACCCGGAGUACAUAAAGCGCGUGAAGAAGCUGGAGAACCAGCUGAAGGAGCGACGCCGCCUGAACGAGAUCUACAAGGAGUACAUGCGCGAGUGCGUCGAGCGGGAUUAUGUGCUGGAGAAGAAGGCCGCCCAGAAGGAGUACGACGAGAAGAUGAUGGACCUCAAGGACAACCUGAUCUCGGACUUCGAGGACCGCAAGCGUCAGAUCGAGAACGAGCGCUUCAGCCUGGAGCUGACCAACGAUUCCAUGGAGAUCAAGACGACGGUCACGCGUAAGCUGCGCCGCCGUCCCAACGAACCGCUGCCGGUGAUCGAGAAGCGACGCAAGCCGGCCACCGGCCAGCUUCUCGUCUACCAGUUGGACGACAAGGAGAUCGAGUCGGACCUCAAGGUCAUCCAGCGCGGCAAGCCGCUGGGGCCCAAUGUGCUGCAGCAGAACGGCAUUGGCUCCUACGGUGGCGCCCAACAGCAGCAGCCGUCUAUGCACGGCCUGCUGGCCGAGCCGCCCGUCAAUAGCGGCUACGUGGAGACCCGCAUCGAGGACAACAAGCUGCUGUACGAGCGACGUUGGUUCUGCCGCGGCCAGCAGGUCUAUGUGGAGGGCAAGGAGAUGAGCAAGUUUGCGGCCACCAUCACCGCCAUUGGCAACGAAGUGGUCUGGGUGAAGCGCACGAACGAGACCAAGGUCAAGAUCAACAUGUCGCAUUUGGCCAAGGGGAAGAUCUCGAUAAAGCGGCGAUAGCUUCGCCGUCGGGCCGGGCGCUUCCGCAUCACGUCUGUCCCGCUACCUCCUCGGUCGAGAGACCUAUUUUCAUAAACUUAUUGGUACCGACGAAACCCUAGACUAGGUGUACAUUUUACUUAACGAAUACUACAAACUGUAAAUAAUGAAACUACACUUAUUUUGUAAAAAAAAAGUAAUUUUUAUUGAAUCCCUCGAAUAAGUUUGGGAUAUUGCGGCAGUAGCUCCAUCGGCAAAAGCAUGCUUCAUUUCCAAUGACUUCAUUUGCUCUGAAAAGAAAUAAUGAGAGGUAAAAAAACCCAGAUUUAAUCUGGUUAUUUAGUUAAUUAACGAAGAACAGUUGUCUCAUGCAAACUUAAACACUAAAACAGAAUAGUAAAGUCGCUUAUCGAUUUAAAUUUUGUCAUCAACCAGCAAAUGGAUUAUUGUUUCUUGUAAAAACAAUAUGUUGUAACAUUUUUAUUUGACGCGCUGCAAGAGGAAAUUCUUACCUGUAUUGGUACGAGGUAAACAAAUUCAAAAAUGUUUUUACUCGACUGAAGCAUGCCAUAUUUCUGAAAAUGUUACCUUCUUUUCUUCAUGUCCCAAAUACAAAUAAGUUAAUUUGCUGCUCCUAAUAUAUCGUAAAUACAUUAAACCGCUAGUUUAUCGAAAAAACAGCCAGAAAAGGUAGACUUAUGAGUCCAGCUUUUAUAUUAAAAGGUAUUCUUAAAUCGUCGUUUAAAAAGUAAAGCAAGAAAUGCUUUAGUUACACGAAAAAUGUAGCAAUUAAUAGUUCGUUAAUACCCGUAUGCCCUCAAGUUAAUUUGUAAAAUCAUAACAAAAAGGCCCAAAAGAUUUUGUUGGGAGCAAUUACGGUUUUGCGAUGACUUUGCGUGCACUAAUUCUAAUUAUUAGAAAUGUAACUCUUUGGAUUUAACUAAUAUAUUUAAUUAAACGAAGAAUUCUUUUAAAAUAAAAUAAAAUAUGUUUUUA